CGCUACGAGGGUUUCUGCGUGGACAUGCUGAGGGAACUCGCUGCCCUCCUCAAGUUCCGCUUCCACAUCAAACUGGUGGAGGACGGGCUCUACGGGGCCCCCGAGCCCAACGGCUCCUGGACCGGCAUGGUGGGGGAGCUCAUCAACAGGAAAGCCGACCUGGCCGUGGCCGCCUUCACCAUCACGGCCGAGCGGGAGAAGGUCAUCGACUUCUCCAAGCCCUUCAUGACGCUGGGGAUCAGCAUCCUCUACCGCGUCCACAUGGGCCGCAAGCCGGGGUAUUUCUCCUUCCUAGACCCCUUCUCGCCGGCCGUGUGGCUCUUCAUGCUCCUGGCCUACCUGGCCGUCAGCUGCGUCCUCUUCCUGGCCGCACGGCUGAGCCCGUACGAGUGGUACAACCCCCACCCGUGCCUGCGGGAGCGGCACAACCUGGUGGAGAACCAGUACACGCUGGGGAACAGCCUGUGGUUCCCGGUGGGGGGGUUCCUGCAGCAGGGCGCCGAGGUCCUGCCGCGCGCCCUCUCCACCCGCUGCGUCAGCGGCGUCUGGUGGGCCUUCACCCUCAUCAUCAUCUCGUCGUACACGGCCAACCUGGCGGCCUUCCUCACCGUCCAGCGCAUGGAGGUGCCCGUCGAGUCGGCCGAUGACUUGGCCGACCAGACCAACAUCGAGUACGGCACCAUCCACGCCGGGUCCACCAUGACCUUCUUCCAG